CCGCCCCCGCCCUGCGGCAAUAAGAGCGGCGGCAGUGCGGGACAGGCCCAGAGCGAUGCGGGCCGUCAUGGGAGCCGGGCGAGCGGUGGGGCUGCUGCUGGCUGUGCUCCUGACGAUGCCUAGAGCCCGAGCGAACUGUGGGGAGGGAGAGUACUCCCAUCAAGGUCUCUGCUGUGUAUUUUGUGAAGCAGGUACCUUUGUUGCUGAUCACUGCAGUGCUUCGCAUUUGAAAGGAAGAUGUGAACCUUGCAAGGAAGGAAAAGGCUUUACUGCCCAUGAGAACGGCUUGGAGGAAUGCUUGCCUUGCAAACAGUGCAAAGAGGAUCAGAUAACUCUGAGACCCUGUAAUCUGACACAGGAUGCUGAAUGCCAGUGCAAACAAGGGUAUUUCUGUGAUGAUGAGGACUGUGAAAUGUGUCAGAGAAGCAGUCAAAAGCAUCCGGAUGGGAAAGAAAUUGUGCUGAAUUCCACUGAUACUACAGAACUAGGCUUAACCAAUCAAGGGAAUGAAGCUCAUGUUUGGGUUAUUCCGGUGCUUCUGUUUAGUUUGUUUUUGCUAGUAGUUGGUGGUGUUGUUGUUGCUGUUAAAAAGCUGAAGUGUGAUAAAGCUGUCUCAACUGUUGAAGAUGUAGAGGGACAUCUGGUCCGUAAGUGGCUCAAAUAUGUGAAACACCCCAGGUUUUUUGUUGGGUUGUGUCUCCCCUCACGCCCUGGCCAGAUUUGCAGCACUUCAUCUAUUUGUAGAAGCUGAUGAAGAAACAUUACAAAAAACCUGGUCAAAAUGCUGUAGCAUAGGAAUAGCAAAUAUAGCAUGUCUUUAAUUUCAAUAAAAUAGUUGCAGAAUGAUGCAUUUACAAAUUGGUGCAUGAUGCACUUGUCUCUCAUCUAAGAGCUGUCACAGGCAGAUGCAAAGUCUGCACUUGGAGUUCUCAUGCUGCUGUAAGAGUUUAUUUGCUAAGGAGAGUUACACUGAUGCAGUUCUGAGACUUUUGGCAUCUACACAUCUUCCCUUCCAAAGAACCAGUGAAUUCAUACUGCUCUAAUGCCCCCAACAACUGCUGAUACUUGAAUUGCUGAUGCUGGGUUUUGAAACAAAAGUGUCAGCCACGGCAGUCCUCUUUCAGUCAUUUGUUUUCCUGCUUAAGAAUUAUCCUGUAUAAAUAAGAUCAACUUCUUUAAUGUGUUUAUACCCUUAAACAGCAAAUGUUUUCAGUGAGAAUGGUGUACGACUACCUGUGUCGUAUGUAGGAGGGUUCCUCCUCACAUUCCCACUUAUGCAUGUUGGUCAUGGGGUGGUGUCACCUGUGGAUCACUGUCACUGUGCAAGCAGAAAAUAUGCUGGCUUAUGCUUACAAAGGGCUUGUACCUUAAUAAACAUAAGUCUCAGGGGCAGAAUGCUUCAUCCUCAUUUUCCACACAUAAAAAAAUAUUCCUAUUGCCAGCUUUAGCACUACCUGUCCUGUGAGACAUGCUACUCUGCUUUGUGCUUGUACUGUUCAUGCUGACCUGGUGCUGUACAUCCUGGCUAUGCUUGUUUAAUGAAUUGGUAAUGCCAAAAAUGAAGAGGGUGUUUCUUGCUGACUUCCCUCUUUCUCCCCUUUCACAAAAACCAUGUAAUGUACAUGGGUGCUCAUUGGCUUCGUUCAACUGAUUAUAGUUUGUGAACCCACCAGGAAAGUUAAUUCAGCCACAGACAG